UGCAAUUAGAUUUCAAUAAGCCAAAAUGGUGAAGCACACAUGCGUCCGUGUGCUGCGUGUGUGCCGCCGGCUGGUCUCCCCUGGAAGCCCCUCCCCCUGCCGCGCGCUGCGCCGCCAGCUCGUCAGCUGAUCUCUGUUGUUCGAUUAUCGCAGCUGUUCGAGUGUCCGCCCCUGCGUGGUCCCGCUCUAACGGCGCUGUCAGGACACUCAAAGUCAUUUCUGCCACACGUUAACGUGUAUUUCUUUAUGAAAAAGUCGAAUUUAAUACUCACAAAAUGUAAUUUUCCUAAACUAUAAUACGGAAAAGCGUUAAAAAAACAACAAUUUAUUAACAAUAUUAUGUAUCUAUUAAUCUAUUAAAUUGACGUUUUUUUAUAAGGCGCGUGCGUUCUUCACGCGGCGAUAAAUAUUCCUUUGUUUACACGCAGUCCCCCGUCUCUGCGGAAGGAGCUUUUUUUUUUUUUUUUUUUUGCUAGUGCGGUGUGUGACUCCUACCAGCUGUUUCCCGCCUUGAAAGCCAUCCGAUCAGCUGCGCGCACGCACACACAAACACGCACAGCCAUGCAGGGGGAGAAAGCAAGGGGGAGGGAGCGAGAAAAAGAGAUGUAGAGCGCCACACACACAACGAGGGAACCCCAUCAGCUGGAAGUCGAGUAACAUUACAACUCUCAGCAGCCUCAAAGAAGUGUAUCAAUCCGACCUGGGAUUUAUCGUUUGACUUUUUAACCCGGCGGGGAACUAUUUUUUUCUUCCAAUCGUUGUUUUUUUUCUUUAAAGGAUACUAUUUUUUUUAUUUUUUAUUUUUACCGGGGGUGGGGGGACCAAACUGGCGAGAGGGGAGCAUGGAGUAUUUCAUGGUACCAGCUCAGAAGGUGCCCUCGCUGCAACAUUUUCGGAAAACGGAGAAGGAGGUGAUUGGUGGUCUCUGCAGGUGUGUACACGUGCGCUUCAAAUUAUUUAUUUUUUUUGGUAGUGCGCGCACUUAGCCAUGUCGUUAAGGCAACGUGCUUGAUCUGAUGUGUUAUUGUGUAUACGACCCCUCUCCCGGGAACCUGAGGGGGUGAAUGUGUUUUAAAAGCGGCGUUUAUAAACCUUGCCGGUAAUGUUAAGGUUUCCCCGCUGAUUUAAAUGUCACCUAUGUGGUAUAAUUUCGCACGUUUGCCGCCGAAAUCGAAGUAUUUUGUAGCUAACAAACAUUAACCACGUGGUUCCGUGCACACCACGCUGCUACUCCCCUCUAGAGCGCAUCCCUCAAGUAUUUCUCCUCAAAUAAUUUCUUAGCGCUGCUUAUAUGUGCUUAUGUGUCACACAAAAAUGACAUAUUGGAGUAGCGACCGCAUUGUUGUCGGAAAAUGUUGAUUUACGACGCCCUCGUCGUGGCGGUUGCCAGUUUCGCUCCAAGCAAGCCGAAGUUAUUGUGGGUAGUGCGGCCAUGCUUGUGGCUUGAGCUAAAAGUGAUGAAGGGCUCGCCGUUAGUGCCGUCCCGAUUCCCGUCGCGUUGCCCGCUCUUUGAGGGCAAAUUGACAAUUUGCUGUCACGCCCCUGUUACUUUAAUAGGUGGUAGUUGAGUUUGUGUUUUAGCGCGUCCUGUUCGCUGCCUUCACUGCGUCUUUUUUUCACCCCGUACCUCUGCCAUGCUGCCUGCCGCAUUGUUGUAAUGGCGGAGGACAUGAAAAGUCUGCUCGGAGCAGGAGGUAGCGGGGGACAUUCUUGAGAACGGGCACUUUUGAAGGCCUUCAAAUACGGAUUUUUUACCCCCCAUGCGCCCGGCAAAGGGGCAUUUGGCGUUGGCGGGGAGGCAUGAAAAUUAAAACUGUGUUAUUAAUAAGGGGGUGUGUAUGUCGCGGAAGGCCCGUCGAUACGUCCGCAGCCCCGCUUGUGGAGGGAGGCGGAGGGAUCUCUAGCUGUUGCUGGUAAAGCGCAAGAAUUUCUUGCCAACAUUCCUCUGACCCCAGAAACAGCCCGGGACCAAGAGAGGCGAAUUCGCCGAGAGAUCGCCAACAGUAACGAGCGUCGGCGCAUGCAGAGCAUCAAUGCUGGAUUCCAGUCCCUCAAAACACUCAUCCCACACAGCGAUGGAGAGAAGCUCAGCAAGGCUGCCAUCCUGCAGCAGACAGCAGAGUACAUCUUUACGUUGGAGCAGGAGAAGACGCGGCUAUUGCAGCAGAACAGUCAGCUGAAGCGAAUCAUACAGGAGUUUAGUGGUUCCUCCCCUAAGAGGAAGCGUGCAGAGGAGAAAGAUGAAGGGAUUGGCUCACCAGACAUUCUAGAAGAGGAGAAGACCGAGGACUUGAGGAGAGAGAUGAUAGAGCUGAGGCAGCAGCUGGAGAAGGAGCGCUCCCUCAGGAUGAUAUUUGAAGAUCAGAUGCGUUCUUUGGAUGCUCAGUUGUACCCAGAGAGACUGAAGGCGAUCGCCCAGCAGUUCCACGAGCAGCAGGCCCAAACACAAAGCCUGGUGCGUCUGCAGCAGCAGAAACAGCUGGAGAAGGACGUGACACCGGCCCAUAGCCCUCAGGUGUUGGCCCCUUCUACUCCUCCUGUGCCUACACAGCAUGCCACAGUCAUCGUCCCCGCACCUGUUCAGACUCAACCCCAUCACGUUACCGUGGUUACCAUGGGCCCAACAUCCGUUAUCAAUUCAGUCUCCACGUCUCGGCAGAACCUGGACACCAUCGUCCAGGCUAUCCAGCACAUCGAGGGCACACAGGGGAAAAGCUGCGAGGAGGAGCAGAGGAGGGCGGUGAUCGUCACCCCAGGACGCGUUCUCUCUGACGCCGCAGGCUCAGACACGGCCUCCAACAGCGACGGCCCCGACGACUGCUCACUGCCUUGAGGACACCCCCGACGCCUGGCGUUACCACACACUUACAUUCACGCACACACGAAAUCAGAAGCAGACUACAGCUACGGGAUGCUAAGAGAAAGAACAUUGACAGGGUUGGUAGUCAGACUGAAGCACUCAAUCUUAGUAUUUUUUUUUUCUCUCUUUCAAUAGACAGCAAGUUUUAACUGUGAUAAGCUGCCCAGGUAGAUUUUCCCAUGCAGGGAUCUUUCUUUGCUUAAUUGUAACCCCCAGCGCUCUCACAUAAACAAACGCAUGUCUCUCCGUAGAAACAUUCUUACUUAGUGUUACUGCUUUGCUAACCGAUUUAUAAAGGCUCCGUUCAACUGGACACAACAAUUUGAAUGUCUGCAAAACCACCUCGGUGGUGUGGUGCCCCACCAGGCCCGGCAUCGGGACACGUUCACUAAGAAAGAUGUUUGGAGGGACACUGAGCUGUCAAGAUUGUCCGACAGAUCCACUUUGUGUUUUUCACUCUAAUCAACUCUACUUUUUUUCUGUUUUGUUCAAAUUAGGCCCCCCCAAAAAGAGAUGCGAGUGCACUUAUCUCCUAAUACCUUUUUUUUUGUUGUUGUUUUUCUGGGCUGGGUUCCCGUUAGUCCCACGUUGGGUGUGUACUACUACUACUACUAUUACUCGUGGCCUGAGACAAAAAGUUCACUGCUUUGACAUUUCUCCCACGUGAGUGUGUUAGCCACCGGACUUAUUAUAAGCUAAUCUGUGAGUUCCAUCCACACAGGUGUUUGUUUGAUUCUCCUGAAGCAGCAGAGCCGAGUGGUGAUUAGACUCUGGCAGUCUACCGCUCGCCACUGCAAGGAAAGACUUGACCACACAAACAUGACUGACAUACAAUCACUUGUUUGCUUAAUCAUAGGAGGUUUUUUCUUUCUUUUUUUUUUGCCCCUAUCCGUGUAUUGUUUUGUACAAAUUUUGGGACGUGUAUAAAGUUUGCUGAAGCUAUGAGGAAAAUGAUUCAUGUUCCGCAUGGAGGUGACUGGAUCAGCUACUUAUACCCAUGCGCUCUGCAUUUUCUUUUGUAGAUCAUCCGUCAUAUUGUGCAUUUUUUGUUUAUUAUAUCAAACUAAAUACAUAUUUUUUCUGAUUUUUUUUUUUUUUUAUGUGCUUUGUAGCCUGAAAGUUGUUUUAAGGAAAGGAAAGGCAGUGGCUCGCCUUAUUGAAAGCCCAUGGGUGCAGGGAGGCACUGUGAGGCCAGCCUUAACACAGCCCUGAACGCGUCUUGUGGCCACCAUCACUUUAAAAAUCUGGACUUUGUUAAAAUACAUAUAUAAUACCUCCAAGUUUACCUAAUUUCCACACAUUAAUUUCCUCAAACGUUGUUCAUUUUAAGUUCUCACAAUCUAAAUCUGGAUUUCUGGUCAAAAAUUUUAAAAUAUGAAUUUUCACUGUGAGCUUUUAAAAGCAGAAAUUUAAAAGUCUGAGAUGACAACAUUCCAUAAAUUUAACUUUUUCUGUGAUGUUGCUUUUUUUUUUCUUUUUUACUUCAGUUGAGGGCUUUUAUUUUGGCAUACACUAGCAUUUAACGCCAAACUCAUCCUUCACAAUCAUUUGUCACAGAUAUUACUUUAAAAACAACAUCACUGGAAUCAGAAAAAAAGGAAGGAGUUUCUUUUUUCAAACUCUCCUGAAAUCAAUAUCCCUGAUUUAAAUCAUUUUUUCAGUUUAUUGUGCGUUCCAAAACCUAUAGUGAACAUAUCAGAUUACUAGAUUAGCGGGAAGGGGCACGGGGAUCACCAAACGGGGUCAAAAUUACAAAGCACUUACUGUAAAAUAGUGGAGCGUGCCUCUUCAUAUUGGUUAAGGGGCAUCUCUUCAGCGGAAGCUCUUGAAGUUAUGAAUAAAAGCCGCACAGCUGUGUUAUCCCCCUUUUUUCUCCAUGUCAGUCCUAUAUCCUGUCAUGUUUACUAUCUUUUCUUUGCGACUUAUAUCCUGUCUUUGUUUAUAUACUGUCAAUAUCUCUCGUCAGAUUUUGCUGCUCAUUUUAUUUCCUUUUUUUUUAUAGACCUGUCGAUUUGCAUGGUCAUCAAGAAGCUUUUGUUUUCUCUUUUAAAAGAUGUUUUGGGGAUAAAGAGGCUUGUGCCUUUGUAAAGACAGAAUAAUAAAGUUUGUACUGUUUUUUUUUU